UGUUCAAGUGCGUUUUGUUUCUCCAAAUUUCCACCGUUUUCCAGCGCUUUUCCGAUAGCCCCGUAAACACCAAACCAGCACAAAGAUGUCUUCCCGCAAAACGGCCGGCCGUCGUGGAACGACCAAGAAGCGCGCCCAGCGUGCCACCUCGAACGUUUUCGCCAUGUUCGACCAGGCGCAGAUCGCCGAAUUCAAGGAAGCCUUCAACAUGAUCGACCAGAACCGCGACGGCUUCAUCGAGAAGGAAGACCUGCACGACAUGCUGGCCUCGCUCGGCAAGAAUCCGACCGAGGAGUACCUGGACGGUAUGAUGAACGAAGCGCCGGGGCCGAUCAACUUCACCAUGUUCCUGACGCUGUUCGGCGAACGGCUGCAGGGAACCGAUCCGGAAGAUGUGAUCAAGAACGCUUUCGGGUGUUUCGACGAGGACAACACCGGCAUGAUCAACGAGGAACGACUGCGGGAGCUGUUGACCACGAUGGGCGACCGGUUCACCGACGAGGACGUGGACGAGAUGUUCCGCGAGGCGCCGAUCAAGAACACCAUGUUUGACUAUAUUGAGUUCACCAGAAUCCUGAAGCACGGAGCCAAGGACAAGGACGAACAGUAAUUUAUUGUUUCGAUUUGUUUUUGGGCUUUUUUAUGUUUGUGGAUCCGGUCUUUCUGUUUCCGUGCACGACUUAAUUGUUUAGCUAGUAGUUAUCCUAUAUCUUUCCAUCUUUUUUCGACGCAAUCUUUCCAACUGUUCUUUCCUGUGUUCCAAUUGGAGUUCAAACUAUCGUCAGUAUUCUUCAUCGAAAAAGUGUAGCAUUUACCCUUCCGUUUAUUUCGUUCUAUCGCAAUCGUGAGCAACCAAGUUUAGUGGGGAUCGAGUACAUUAUGAUAACUAAAUUGUUUCGGAGAAAACAAACCAGAAUAUAUCACUUAUCUCUUAUUGAAUCGCAAGAUACAUUUUUGAAUAUAUUUAAUACCGUGUAAGAAAAGGA